AAAACAUUGUAUACGUUAGUCAUAAUUGUGAAAAAUUAGGAAGUUGAAAGGGUAAUUAGAGCAAAAAUUAAUUAAUUAACCCUAUUUGAGGUGUAAUUUAUGAUUCAACGUGAAGUACUGUAGUUUCCUCAUCAUUCUCAGAUAGACAGUUGUUCGAUGAUACAUAUCAUUUCAUGAAUACAAAAUCGGAAGGAGAAGACGUUGAAGUAGAGGAGAAAAAUAUAUAUCUGACUGGUCUGGCUACUGAAUCUGAAAAUUUAAGUUCGAGCGCAAUAUCAGAAGAUGCCAUCAGCUUAACUACUGAUUCGACAGCCACAACUACCGAAUACGAGAGCGCGAAUGAAAAUGAUAAUUGCUCGAAUCGCGUAUCUACCAGCACCGAUAUUUGGUACGAUUUCUCGUCGAGUGUGAAAUCUGUGGUCAACGAAGCAGACCUAUCAGCGGAGAGUUCGCUUAGCGAGCCCAAGCACCAGUUCAAUCACGAACACGCCACCAAACGAAUUAUGAAUUGUAGUAAAGAAAACAUUAGCGAGGCCGGACCGGCGACCGCAGCCGAUAUUGAUAAUAUUAAUAAUGUAAAUGUACCAUUUUUAAACGAUUCUUCGGAAUUGGAUUUCAUAUCAAAAGCCGGAGGUACUGGAUUAGUAGCUGAGACUUUACGUAAACAAUCGUUGUACGUUAAAUUCGAUCCUUUAGUGUCUCAAGAAGUGAAUUCCAGCAUUAACGAUAAUACCCUUAAGUUCGAUGAUUCCAGUAUUGCGAAUAACACUCUUACUGCGGCUGUUAAUAAUCUAAAUUUAGAUACUUCUCAAGAGAAUCAUACGUCUGCUGAAGUUACCACCGAGUCGCUAAAAUUAAACGAAAGCAGCGUUGGCAAACUUAUCUCGGUCACGCCAGUUAAAUCUCCUAGAAAAAAUACCCCCAAGUCAUCGCCCAGGUAUGCGGAUAUCGAUCCCGACGAUGUAUCUAAACUGCAAAGUUUAUUAUUGAAGCAGAUGAAAAGAGAAGAAGCCUUCAAAGAAGAAAUAGACUCGUUGAAAUUAGAAAACGAACAAGUACUGAAAAAACUACAAAAUUCGGAGCAAGAAAUUAGUAAUUUGAAAUCCGUUCUCGAAGCUGUGCAAGAAAACGAGAAAAAAUUAAAAAACGAAUUAAUGGAAAGGAUAAAAAGCAAACAACAAUUAAGCCUUAUUAUGGAAGAAUAUGAAAAAACCAUGUCUCAAAUGGUGAGUAAACGAGACGAAGAGAAGAAAGAGCACGAUGCUAUUAUUAAGAAAAUCGAAGCCGAACGGGACAGCACGUUGCAGCAUUUAAAUAAUUUAGAAAACGCUUUUAACGAUAUUCAUCAAAAAUACGAACGAGGCAAAGCAGUUAACGAAGCGCUCAAAAAGAACGAAGAUUUGCUCAAGAAAAAUCUGAGCGAUUACGAACAAACUGUUAAAACUGUAGAAAAUAAAUACGAAUUGUUGAAAUCGCACGCGACGUCACAGCUCGAAAAAGCCAAUCAAGAACUAGAACUAAUAACGCAAUCGUACGAAAAAGAACAGGCCAAGAUGAAAGCCAUGUUGAAAAAAUCCGAAAUCCAAAUCAGCUCGUUGCAGAACGCCCUCGAACGUAAAUCAAAAGAGAACCAAGAACUGACCGCUAUUUGCGACGAAUUGAUCGUUAAACUAUCUACGCAUUCCAAUUCUUAAAAAGAACCGAUCAAAAAAAUGAAAAAGAAGAGGAAGACAAGAAAACUAAGCAAAAAAAACCCUCUGUUAAGUUAUUUUUCGCGUUUAAAUGUCGUAUUAAUAAUUUAUUUAAACCCUGCCUGGUCUCGUCGAGUAACCAGUAUGGUUCUCGAUUUGUCUCGAUUGAAUCCAAAGAUUAAGUAUUGAAUUUUCUCAAACGACGCGUGCAAUAUUAUUUUUCUAUAUUAGGAGCUUGAUUUUUAGUUGUUUUCUUUUUUCUUUUCGUUCGGCGACGUUAAGAAAUUGAAAAGAGUGUGAGAGGGAUACGAUUUGUUGACGAAUUUCUCCGCCAUAGAGGACGAUUCGAUGCCUCGAUGGAGUUAUCAUGAGGCAGCUAUCGGUAUGCUGAUUGGAUCGAGCAUUCGGUUACGAAUACGUUAAUAUAGUAUAGAUAAUUUAUACUGUGUAUAAAAAAAUAACACUUUACCUAAUACUUUUUUAUAUAUUGUUUUUUUUUCAUUUCUCGCAACGUGUAUUAUUUUUUUCAACGCAGAAUUUUUGUCGUAUUAAGAAACUUUUUUCCAAGAGUGAUUGAAGUGGAAUUAAACAGAGCAGUGGAUCGAAUUGGAUACGAUCAGGAAAGUUGCCCCCGCUCGUGAUUAUACAUUAGUAAAUUAUUGGAGUUCGUUUUGUAUAUGUAAUUGGUUGAUUAUGCUGUUCUUUUUUUUCCCCUCAUUUAUAUUUUGAAUUUUAAAUGUUACUUCAGUCGCUUUUACCUAUUUAUUCGCUGUUACGUGAUACCUUUUGUUGUCACAUUUGAUAAAUAAACGUUUACUAUUCGUCUUA